AUGCAGCGCGUCGCGUCGGUGCCUCGUCGGUGCGCAUCGCGGCUGGCGCACCCCUCCUUCUUCACCCGCCACCCGCCGCCGCCCCGAUUCAGACGCGCUCUCAUAUGGGUUGUGCCCGCAACGUGCGGCGUUGCGCUAUAUCUCUCUUCGCAGCCCAAGAAGCCUCCGGAUGUAUUUGCUUCGCCUGCACUGGUGCCCUGCCGAAAUUCUAUCGUCCCGACGAUCCUUUCCCCAGCAGAACCAGAUAAGCAUAUCCUUAGGCGAAUACUGGAUAUCUUGCGAACACGAAUAUGGGAGCCAAUCCUUACUGCAAAGCGAUUCGUUCGACUAUUCAUACUCUUCGCGCCGGUCAUUAUAUGCACUCCAAUGCUGUUGAUCGGGAAGCCAGAGAAGCGACUUUACGGCGAUAGAUGGGGCGCGGUUUGGUGGUAUGGGCUUCUUGUAAGCCGAAUGGAGGCUGCAGGCCCGACAUUCAUCAAGCUAGCACAAUGGGCGGGAUCUCGGACGGACUUGUUCCCGACGCUGUUAUGCUCCCGCCUCAGCAUGCUUCACUCUCAGGGGAAACCCCAUGAUUUCCGAUACACCAAGGAGGCCAUAGAGAACGUGUUUCAGCGGAGGUUUGAAGAUGUCUUCGAAGAGUUUGAUGAAUCGCCCAUUGGGACCGGUGCAAUAGCACAAGUUUACCGUGCAACCCUCAAACAAGACCUCAUCCCGCCGUCUUACCUUGGGCCUCGUCGGCACCACUCCAGCAAGCAUCCUGCAGCGGCAGCUAUCCUUGACAAUGUUAACCAGCUCCCACCCUCGGUCCCCAGCGCUUCUGUCGCCAUCAAAGUCCUUCACCCGCAUGUCAACAAAACGAUAACUCGCGAUCUACGUAUCAUGUCCUUCUUCGCCCACUUCAUCGCACUCUUCCCCGGUAUGCAAUGGCUAUCGCUUCCGGAAGAAGUAGAUGUGUUUGGGGAAAUGAUGUUCCAGCAGUUAGACUUGAGGCAUGAGGCAGAGAAUUUGAAGGAGUUUGAGAAUCAUUUUGCGCCGAGGCGAGUACCGAUCUCAUUCCCUCGACCACUAACGGUGUGGUCGACCAAAGAACUUUUGGUAGAAGAGUACGAGCACGCGCUGCCCUUGGAAGUUUUCCUCAAGAAUGGCGGUGGUCCGUUCGAUGAGCAGAUUGCGACCGUAGGUUUAGAUGCAUUCCUGAAUAUGCUGCUCCUCGACAAUUUCGUUCACUCUGACCUUCACCCCGGCAAUAUCAUGAUCAAAUUUGCCAAACCACCCUCUACGCGAGCUCUCCUGAAGAAUCUCUGGGCCAGCCUCUUCCCCAAGCCAUCAGUCAACCCUUCUACUGGCGCCGAUCUUCCAUCUUCCCCACAUUCCGACGACCUCUCCGAAUCAGACGACAUUGUCACACAACUACGUUCGCUAUCUUCCACACCAGUAGCUUGGAGAGCAGAACUUCAGUCGCUCUUCGAGAAGGGAUAUAUUCCUGAAAUUGUCUUCAUCGACGCAGGUCUGGUGACAACGCUGGAUGAUAAGAACCGCGCGAACUUCCUGGAGUUAUUCCGUGCCAUCGCCGAAUUCGACGGCUACAGAGCAGGUCAGCUCAUGGUCGAACGUUGCCGUACUCCCGAACUCGCCAUCGACACCGAGCUGUUCGCUCUCAAAAUGCAAAACAUUGUCCUCUCAGUCAAGAGAAAGACAUUCUCCUUGGGAAAGAUCAAGAUAUCAGAUAUCUUGAGAGAUGUUUUGCAGUCGGUUAGGGAGCAUCAUGUGAAGAUGGAAGGCGACUUCGUGAACACUGUGAUCAGUAUACUUUUAUUGGAGGGGAUUGGCAGGCAGCUAGACCCACAGUUGGAUUUGUUUAAGAGUGCGCUGCCGAUACUCCGGCGGCUGGGAGGGCAGAUGGCAAAGAGAGGUGAUGUGACCUCAGCGAAGGACCUGCAGACCAGUGGCCUUGGCGCAUUUUUGAAGGUGUGGGUUUGGUUAGAGGCUAGAGAGUUCAUCUCGGCAUCGAUUGUCAACGCGGACGAUCUGAUAAAAUAUGAUUGGCUUGCUCCCAGCAUAUAG